AUGCUCACUAGUUUGGAAACUAUCUUCCUGACCCUAGCAAUGAUGGAAUUCAUAACUGGAAUGUUGGGCAAUGUUUUCAUUGGACUGGUAAACUGCUAUGGAUGGGUCAAGACCCGAAAGAUCUCUUUCUUUGACCUCAUUCUCACUGGCUUGGCUGUCUCCAGAAUCUGUCAACUAUUGGUCUAUUUGUUUGAGUCACUUGUAAUGGGACCAUUCCCAGAAUUAUAUACCAUUUAUAAACUUGCAAAACCUUGCAGUUUGCUUUGGAGAAUAACUAAUCACUUGGCUACUUGGUUUGCUACCUGCCUCAGUGUUGUCUACUUCCUUAAGAUUGCUCAGUACUCCCAUCCCCUUUUCCUCUGGAUCAAGUGGAGAACAAACAGAGUGGUUCUGGUGAUGCUAGCGUUUUCUUUGCUUUUACUGAUUUUUGACAUUUUAUUGCUAGAAACAUUUAAUGAUGCCUUCCGGAAUUCCUCUACAAGACAUGCACACAAUCUUACUUUGUUUUUCGAUAUAGGAAAGUCUUUGUAUGUUCAAUCCCUGAUUUUUCUCAAUUUGACCUAUUGCAUCCCUAGUAUGGUAAUCCUGAUCUCCUUGUUAUUUCUGUUUCUGUCCAUGGUGAGACAUACCAGAAAUUUGCAACUCAACUCCUUGGGUCCAAGGGACACUAGCACAGAAGCUCAUAAAAAGGCCAUGAAAAUGUUGAUGUCUUUUCUCUUCCUUGCCAUGGUUCAUUCCAUUUCUACACUCUUGUCAAACUGGAUAUUUCAUAUGUUUUGGAAUAAUAAGUUAAGCAAAUUUCUCAUGCUAGCAGUAUAUGUCUUUCCUUUAGGCCAUUCAUUUAUUUUGAUUCUGGGGAACAGCAAGCUAAGACAGACAGCCUUGAAGGGACUAUGUCAUCUUCAAAAUUUCUUUAUGACUACAUCUGGGAUACAUAGGAAGAUUUUCUGUAGUCUUUUUCAGAAAUAA